GCCGAUGGAAGACCAUGAUGUAAAGGAGAGUGAUGAUGGUGAACAUGAGGGAGAGAAUCUACCCCCUGGUUCUUAUGUAGUAUUGCAAUUGGAAAAGGAGGAGAUUUUAGCACCACAUACUCAUUUCUGCUUGAUCUGCGGGAAGGGCUUCAAGAGAGAUGCGAACCUAAGGAUGCACAUGAGGGGCCAUGGAGACGAGUACAAGACUGCCGCAGCUCUUGCCAAGCCCACGAAGGAUUCUGGUUCAGAUCAUGCACCAGUUACAAGGUACUCAUGCCCAUUUGUGGGUUGCAAGCGGAACAAAGAGCACAAGAAGUUCCAACCUCUCAAGACAAUCUUGUGUGUGAAGAAUCACUACAAGCGAAGCCAUUGUGACAAGAGCUACACCUGCAGCCGUUGCAACACUAAAAAGUUUUCUGUGAUUGCUGACUUGAAGACUUAUGAGAAGCAUUGUGGUCGUGACAAGUGGCUCUGUUCUUGCGGAACAACCUUCUCUAGGAAGGACAAGCUUUUCGGGCAUGUUGCACUUUUCCAGGGCCACACACCUGCGCUCCCCAUGGAUGACGUCAAGGUAUCAGAAGCAUCAGAGCAACAGCAGGACAGCGAGCCUAUGAAUGAAAUUUCGAGGAGCAUGGGGUGCUUCACUUGCAGCUCGUCUGAUGGCAUUUCAAACCUUGACAUGAAAAUGGCUGAUGAUGCACGCGGCUAUUACUCGCCACUGAGCUUUGAUCCUUGCUUUGGCGCACUGGAUGACUUUACUCGCCCUGGAUUCGACAUCUCUGAGGAUCCCUUCUCCUUUCUGCCUUCGGGAUGCAGUUAUGUACAGCAGAAUGGAGACAACUGAUGGAGGUCACCGUUGAUAAUGACGACAAGGGCACUGGCAGCCUUUAUGUAUGGCGUACGCAUGAUGCUAGUCUGGUUCUUGCUAUAUUCAAGAGUCAUUUUAGGUUAUGCCUUCUUUUUUCUUAAGUGUACUUCAUUUGGUGGUCAUCAAUAAUGAGCACUUUUAGCAUUUCGUACGGACCGAGAUAGCCCCAAUUUUCAGUAUAUACAUGCAAGAUUUACUGUGUCA